AGAGAAAUAGCGCAGAAGAAGAAGAAGAAGAAGAGAGAAACAAAAAGAAGUCAACAAAGAACAAAACUUAGUUCAAUAAUAAUGAUAAAAUUAAUCGAAUUUUUUUAAUUUGGUGAGAUUUUAAUGUCUGGAGGUGGAGUAUUAUAUGUGUUGGUGACGUAAUAUGUGUGUUUUGCAGAGCUUCAACAAGAUAUUGAAUUAAUUUUCGCAUUUGUUAUUUUGAUCGACUUGGAUCUUUAAAUUCUUCAUUUCAAUUUCAUCUUCUUCUCCAAUUAGAUUCUUUUUUUUUUUUUUUUCUUAAAAGAAAUGAAAACAUCUUUCAAGAAAUUGCGAGAGUUUGCACUUCGGCACGGUGAACAUGAGGUCCGAAAAGAUGUUCGUCCUUUGGCUCCGCUGGACGAGCUUGCUCAGGCUUCUCAGGACAUGGAGGACAUGAAAGAGUGCUAUGAUAGCUUUCUUUCAGCAGCUGCUGCAACUGCUAAUAGUUCUUUUGAAAUCUCAGAAGCAUGGCGUGAAAUGGGUUCUUGUCUUCUUCAGAGAACUGCAUUGAAUGAUGAUGAAGAAAGUGGUAAAGUACUACUGAUGCUGGGAAAGGUGCAGUUUGAGCUCCAGAAACUUUUUGAUACCUAUCGUUCUCACCUAUUCCGGACAAUUACAGUCCCAUCAGAGUCUCUUCUCAAUGAACUUAGAACUGUUGAGGAGAUGAAGCGGCAAUGUGAUGAGAAAAGAAAUAUAUACGAGUACAUGAUUAUGAGGCAAAGAGAAAAAGGAAGGGGAAGAAAUGGGAAGGGGGAGACAUUUUCUAUGCAACAGUUACAAGCAGCUCAUGAUGAAUAUGAUGAAGAGGCAACCUUAUUUGUUUUUCGUUUGAAAUCUCUAAAGCAAGGGCAAUCUCGAAGUCUUCUUACGCAAGCAGCGCGUCACUAUGCAGCUCAGUUGUCCUUCUUCAAGAAAGCUCUUAAAUGUCUUGAAGCACUUGAGCCACAUGUGAAAUUGGUAACUGAACAGCAACAUAUAGAUUACCACUUUAGUGGACUUGAAGAUGAUGAUGGUGACGAUGACGAGGAUGACGAUGACGAUGAUGAUGAUACAUAUGAUACACAUGAUGAUGGGGAAUUGAGUUUUGACUACGGCCAAAAUGAUCAUGAGCAAGAUGCUUCUGCAUCAAGAAGCUCAAUGGAGUUGGAUCUGGUGGACGUUACAUUUCCCCGAGUUGCAACAUUAGGGGUCUCAAAGGAAAAUCGAGAUGGAAACUACAGGAAAUCUUUUUCUUUUAAGGGAGAUGUUAGGGCUGCUAGCCAAUCUGCUCCACUUUUUGCUGAAAUUAAUUCUGAUUCAGCUGAGAGGAUGAAACAAAUGCGCCCAUCAUUAUCAAGGAAGCUUAAUACAUAUGUACUCCCCACCCCAGUUGAUACAAAGAAUUCAAUUUCUACUGGAUCAGGAAGUCUAGUUUCCCAAACAUUAAAGACCAAUUUGAGUGGGCGGACACAAAACUUGUGGCACUCAUCCCCUAUAGAUCCAAAGAAAUAUGGAAAAUUAGUAGGAGAUGAGAAACCCUCAGGCUCUAUGGUUAAAGAUGCAGAGUCAGUUCUCAGGGAAAGCAACAAAAACUGUGCUUCCACUCAACUGCCCCCUCCUCUGGCUGAUGGACUUUUCAUUUCAAGGUUUGAUCCACCAGUUACUUCUGAUUCCAAGAAAAUUAAAAGAUACGCUUUUUCGGGUCCUAUUACAAGUAAGGUGUGGCCGAACAAACCAAUUUCAGCUGAAGCUAUUGGAAUGUUUUCCGGACCUCUUUUAGAAAAUCCAACUGUGCAACUAUCAUCAUCAUCAUCUCCUAAAGUAUCACCAAAGGUAUCUCCAAAGGUAUCUCCAAAAGCAUCUCCAAAUGUGUCUCCAAAAGUAUCUCCAACAGCAUCCCCUACUUUUGUGUCCUCACUUCAAAUAAGCGAGCUUCAUGAGCUUCCUAGACCUCCAUCCAGUUCAGCCUCCAACUCUUCAAGGCCUUCGAGUUUGGUUGGUCAUUCAGCUCCUUUGCUGCCCAAAGGUCAUAUGCAUUCUAAUACAAGUAGAUCGUUGGCAUCCAAUGCACCAUCACCACUCCCGAUACCAUCCCAAGCUGUCACUCGCAGUUUCUCCAUCCCCUCUAGCAGUCUUAGAGCUAUGGCAAUGAAUAUUUCUAAGCCACUGAAAACUACUCGGAGUUCAGAAAUUAUUGAAGAUAUAACCUCACCUCCGUUGACACCAAUACCAUUAUCCGCCAUUCAGCCAUCCUUAACUAAUUCUCAGAAUGUCAAUCAGACCAUUCAAAUCAGAGGUGCAGAUUGAUUCUAUUCCUCGGCAGCCACAUUUUUGUUUCUAGUUUAGCAAGGAAAAAUUGAUAUGAUACGUGCAGAUUUGUAAAUAUAAAUUUUUUCUUACUUUUGUUUGUCAUUUUUGCCCCUGUUAAUCCAUUUGUUAAUUUUGUUGA